AUGUAUGAUGGCUAUAUUUUCAGACAUGGUAGAAAAGGGUAUAGAGAUUUUAUGGAUGAUUUUUCUGUUUAUGUUUCUUCUUUUGAUAACUGUUUGGCUAAUUUGGAGCUAGUUCUGAAGAGAUGUGAGGAAUCACACCUAGUCUUGAAUUGGGAGAAGUGCCACUUUAUGGUAAAUGAAGGAAUUGUUUUAGGGCAUAAGAUCUCAAGUAAGGGAAUUGAGGUAGAUUGGGCUAAGAUAUCAACAAUAGAGAAUUUACCACCUUCGGUCUCAGUUAAAGGAGUAAGAAGUUUUCUUGGUCAUGCGGGGUUUUAUAGAAGAUUCAUUAAAGAUUUUUUUAAGAUUUUGAAACCCCUAUCUACAUUGUUAAUGAAUGGAGUACCUUUUGACUUUGAUGAGAAGUGUCGCCAUGCUUUCAAGAUUCUUAAAGAGAAACUCACUUUUGCACCGAUAGUUAAUUUUGCUACUACAGAAAAGGAGCUUUUGGCCAUUGUGUUGGUUUUUGAUAAGUUUAGGCCAUAUCUCAUUGGGAAUAAGAAUUUGACAUGGAGAUUAGGGAUAAAGAAAGGAAUGGAAAAUUUUGUUGCUGAUCAUUUGUCUAGAUUAGAACUGGAAGAGAGUCAAAUGCCUCCAGAGAUGUCUAAACAACAACUUAAAAAGUUUUAUUCAGUGGUAAAGCGUUAUUAUUGGGAAAAGCCCAUCUUAUACAAGCAUUGUGCAUAUCAGAUUAUUCGUCGCUGUGUGCCUGAAGAUGAGAUGGUGUUAAUUUUGACUCAUUGUGGUGGUCAUUUCAAAGCAACAAGGUCAGCUGCAAAGGUAUUACAAUGUGGUUAUUAUUGUCCUACGUUGAUGAAAGAUGUGAAUACAUUCGUAAAAGCUUGUGAUCGAUGUCAAAGAGUUAGCAGUAUUUCAAGGAGAGAUGAGAUGCCCUUACUUGGGAUUCUUGAGGUGGAAUUAUUUGAUGUGUGGGGUAUAGAUUAUAUGGGUCCUUUUCCAUCAUCUUACAAUAACAAGUACAUCUUGCUAGCGGUGGAUUAUGUAUCUAAAUGGGUGGAAGCAGCUGCAACACCCACAAAUGACAGCAAGGUGGUACUUAAAUUCUCGCAUAAGCACAUUUUCACUCGUUUUGGCACGCCUAGGGCUUUAAUAAGUGACAAAGGUAGCCAUUUUUGUAACAAGAUGAUGGAUGCCUUUUUGGAUCGUUAUGGUGUUCAUCAUAGAAUCGCUAUGCCAUACCAUCCUCAAGCUAAUGGUCAAACGAAAUUGUCAAAUAGAGAAGUAAAAAAUGUCCUUGAGAAAACAAUCAAUAGAUCAAGAAGAGAUUAG